CAUGAAAACACAGGAAGAAGAGGACGGCUUGGGAAAAUGCAAUAGUAUAUUCACGUGCCAAAUUCUUAAAAUCAAAAAUAUCCUAAAAUUGUUACUGAAAAAUCUAAUUUAACUUAAAAAAAAAAAAAAAAAAAUUAAAUGGCUGUCUCUAAUCUCACUGAAAUUUACAUGCUUAAAAAGAAUUUACUUGACUCACCUAAUUACUCCUCAACUUUGCAAGGUUUUCGUCAUCUUGAUCCUGAAAAGGACUACAAAGUUAGAAGAAUAACUUCCUUAGUGAAUGAAUCAAUUCAUAUUGCUGCUAAUGAACCUUCAUUAGGAUUAUACAGAAUACAAGAGCAUGUCAAACGCACUUUGCCACACCUUGUUAAGCGUAAAAAAGAAUUAUCAUCAAUUAAUACCCGUAUUCAAGAUGCUUCAUAUGAUCUUGGACUUUCAUUGGAGGUAAUUGAAAGUAUAUCACAGAUUAAACAUUUUACUCGUAUAAAAGAAGCACUUCAAAAUGCAAUUAGCUAUAAAAUUAAAUUAAAUGAGUACAGAGAACAAGAAAAAGCUAGGCAAGAGUUUGAAUUAAAGAAUGCUCGUUCAGUUAAUAAAUCCAUAUCUCAAAAUGAACCAGCUGAAGGAUUUAUAUGUCCAGUUUGUUAUUUUGCACUUUUAAAUCAAGAAGAACUAUUUAAACAUUGGGAAUCAAAUCAUAAUUUAGACAAUUGUGAAAAUGAUGUUUUUCAUGAAUUAGAAGUUCCAGUAGAAGAUGGCAACAAUUUUGUAUUGAACCAAGAUAAUGACAUGACUGUAAUUGAAAUGGGUCAUUCAAGUGUAAGUGAAUGCAUUGAUGUAGUUUAUGAGCUAUCAGGUCAAAAGUAAUCCUGCUCCCAUCAUUUCUCCUAAACCUUCUAAAAGUAUUGAAGAUUGAUAUGAAGCCAAAGACAAAAUAGACUUGAAGUGACUAAUAAUUUUUUUGCAAAAUUUGUAUAGUAUUUUAUAUAAAAAAUUAAACUGUUAUGUAAA